CACAACCUCGUCAUGGCUGUGUCAUUUUGCCGUGUGAUUCCACUUCUGAUCCUUGGCUGCUCCUGUUUGAAGGCCUUAGAUGAGAAGCGAGUGGGGGAAAUGCUGAAUCUGGAGCGCGAUCUCCUGCAGAAUUUGCGCGACUAUGCCGAAAAGCUGGAGGAGAAGAUCAGCCUCAUAAACAAUUAUUUGGAAGAUUACAUCGACGAUGUAGAAGAGGCCAAUUUGGAUCCUGAGAAGUACCUCUCCAAUCCCCUGAAUUCCUUCCGCUUGAUCAGACACAUGCACCAGGAUUGGGUCGGCUGGCAAAUCUACAUGGAGGAUCCGGUGGCACCCGAGGCGGUGGAGAAGCUGGAGCGCCUACUGCCUCAUCUUCCGCACAAGGAAGCCUUCAGGAAGGCGGCCAGGGAUGUGCAUAGCUUGACGCAGUUCUACGGCUACGAACCCGCUGAUCUGGUGGCCAAAAAUGAACUAAACAGUUCCCUGCAUCUGUCUCCUUUGGACUGCUAUCACUUGGGACUGGAGCUCUACGAGGAGCAGGACUAUCUGGGUGCAGCCAAGUGGCUACAGGUGGCUGCCCACAACUACACGCUCUCGCGGCACAGAGAUUUGUACGAUCUUCUGGGAGCACCACGCUGGCAGGUCUAUCGAGAUCUGGGCAGGACUCUGCAUAAACUGAAUCGAGAGUCCGCUUAUGACGCCUACGAAUCAGCACUUCGAUUGAAUUCCCAGAACGUGCAUCUCAUGAAGGAGGCGGGUCAGAUGGAGCUGUUCAGCCUGAGGGAUCCCAUGGAAGCCAUACUAGAUCCUGAGCCGACAGCCACAGAUGUGGAAAAAUAUUGUCGAGGCGAAGUUCUGCGGCUUCAGAGUCGCCUGACUUGCGAGCUUAAUGACUGGGUGCAUCCGUUCCUAGUCUACGCUCCCCUUAGAAUUGAGGAUCUCCAACGGGACCCCUUCAUUAUCCUUUAUCCAGGAGGCAUCUACGAACAGGAAAUCAGGCAUGUGGAGAACGCCUACGAACGGUGUCCACCCAAUGAUCGCUUUGAGCUUAAGCAGGGAAUUACUGGGUGUUCCAUCUCCGAUGGACAUAGUCCUGUGCUGAAGCGCAUCAAUGAGCGCAUUUUGGACAUGGCAGGAGUGGAGAAGACUUGGGAGACAUCCCACAUAGUCGAGUACGCUCAGUUGACUCCUUUUGAGCCGUUCCAGCUGUUCAGAAACUCCACAAAGUUUCCAAAGCUAAAUCGUAUGAAUUUCGAGGAUGUGGAGGCCAAAGUGAUAAUAUUCCUGAAAGAUGUGACUUUGGGCGGGGCCUUUACCAUGUCAGAAGAUAUCCUUGUUCAACCCAAGAGGGGCAACGUGUUGAUAUCCUUUGAGAAUAACGAGCACGCCACCACCAUUUGUCCCAUCAUCGAGGGCACUGGAUUAGUCUUGAUCAAGUUUAUUAUGAAAAAGGAGGAGUAAGAGUUGUUUAUAUCACAGCCAAAGACAUUAAAUAAAGUUUACUUCUACACUUUUUUAA